AUGGGUGCGAACGAUAGCAAAUCAAACGUGGAAAAAGACAAAGAAGAAUCAAAAAAGAACACAAACAAUGAAUGGAAGUCUAAAUCAUCUGUUACGAUGGUUACGGAUGAAGCAGGUGCUAAAUCAGAAGCAUCUCGUAGUCAGGCAGAACAAAGAGUAAAUAGUAACUGGUUCAAAAAACAAGAAUCAAAACGAAACAGAGACCUUUCAAAACUGCUCAAGAGUUUAUCAGAACCAACAAAGACUGAGCCAUCAGUGAAAGAAAAAGUUGAAGAACGAUCAAACAUGCGACGCCAACGAGAUUAUUCAUUGAAGAUGCAACUUUCUCAAAGAGCUAAGCCAUCAAGUGGUGAAGAGGCUAAAUGCGAAAAACCACAUGAAAAUAAUGAAAACAGAAAUACGGUCUUAAGUAAAUGGGAUUAUUGGGAAGCAAAAGUUACUUGCGAAAAGUUAAGAAUGCAACGCCAGGCUUCAAAAUUUGUAAACUUUGUGCACAUUUUAGUGAAAAGCGCUACUUCAUUAAUAUCAAAACUAACAAAUCGUUUUGAUGAAAGGAGAAAUCGCAAUGCUGCUUGCACAUAUCAAAAAAUGCCUGAGCAACCCAUAGUAGUAAGUAAGAAACCACGUGAGGCUUCUUUUCGAUCAAAACAUCAAAGCGUGCAAAAAGCUGGUAAGGAAGAAGAAACGCAGAAUACAUUGCGAGAUACGAGAAAAGAAAAAAAGGAAAAAACAAAAAUUUCAGAUUUGCAGUCAGCAAGAACUGUUUCAUCUACAGUUAUUGAUGCCAGAACUGCGAGAUCAUCAAGCAAAAUUGACAAAAGAUCUAAAAAGGAUCACUCGUGUAGAGCAGCCAGUGCCACAGCUGAUGAUCACACGUUGAGCAGUAUUUCUUGUACAUCUAACACUUCUCGAAGUCAGAAUACUAGAGAAAAUUUGAGCUCGACAGGCGGUGCGCGAGAAAGAAUUAAAGCACUAUUUAGUCGACCUAUGCGUGAAACAUCCGUACAAAAGGUUGUAGAAAAAAUUAAAAAACGAAAUGAACUUCGGAAGGAGGGAAUUCCUAAAACGAAAGAGCCUGAAACACCAUUACGCAGUGCAGACGAAAAAUUUCCAUCAAAACGCCAAAUUGACAGAUGUUCGCCAGAAACAAGAAAAAAGCAAAAGACUGCAAAUAUUUAUCCGCCAAAGAAGGAAGCAUCCUUAGUUUCGAGAGUGAAAAACGAUGACGAUGGACAAUUACUGGAUGACGACGACAUACCAUUUUGGAGUAUAACAAAUACAAUUGAUGAUGAUGAAAGUGUUGAUGAGGCAACAGAUGAAGAUUUGCCUAUGGAUUCUGAACUUUUAUUGGAAGUUCAAUCUGGAUUAAGGAAACUUGUAAAAAUGCCUGAAACUAAGAUUAUUAUGGAUCCAUAUGCAUCGCUAGAUUAUUUACAAUCUCGUGAUGCGACAUUUUUCACGACGCAGGUAAUAUUUAGCAACACUGUCAGGUCAAUGGUCAAUUUAAACGAUGAAGUAAGCAGCAAAGAAGUUAUUUCCAAAAGAAGGCGCAAACUUACAAAAAUACCGAUAAAAAAUCCACAGUACAUAGUUGAAUACAAACGCAACAGUCCAUCAGAAAAUAAGCGAAUUCCAUUUCAAUAA